AUGAACCAGCUCUGGGGGAAAUUCUCUGGACCAACUUUAACAGUGUGGGCAGAAAAAUCCAGGAAGGAUUUGGACUUCCGGGUCCUUUGGGUCAAUGUACACCUCCCAUGCUGCUUCUGGCUCCGGUUCCUGAUCUCACAGCUUUGUUUGCUGUUCUGCUGGGCUGUGGGCAGAGGCAGAGGACAAUCACCAGGGGAUUGCCCAGCUCUCCAUCCCCUCUGCCCAGAGAUGUCCUGGAAGGAGGAGGGUAUGAAACCACCCCAAUGUUUAAUCCAGAGCCUGGACCACCUUGUGCUGACUGUGAAGAACAUCGAGGACACCGUGGGGUUUUAUUCCAAAGUCCUGGGCAUGGAGGUGGUGACUUUCAAGGGAACCCGCAAAGCUUUACGUUUUGGCAAGCAGAAGUUUAAUCUGCACGAGGCUGGGAAGGAGUUUGAACCCAAGGCUCGGCACCCAGUCCCUGGCUCUGCAGAUUUCUGCCUCAUCACUGAGGUGCCCCUGGAGCAGCUGCUGGAUCACCUGCAGGCCUGUGGGGUGACCAUUGAAGAAGGUCCUGUGGCCAGAACUGGUGCUGUGGGUCCCAUAACCUCCAUCUACUUCCGAGACCCUGAUGAGAAUCUGAUCGAGGUCUCCAGAUACAGCAGAGCUGGAGCUGCAGUCAGCAGGGGGGAUCCCUGACCGCCUGGGGGACCCCUGAUCUGUGUCCCAGCAGCAGAGAGGAUGCAGAUGCCUGCAGGUUCCUGAUGGCCAGUUCAGGCUCAAGGUUUCACUUUUCAAAGCUAGGACAAGUCUCAAAUCCCAGCCAUAAAGUCAGGGGAGCCUUGAGAGCUUUCCCAAGAGCCACCAACUCUCAGCCCUGGCUGUGAAUCUCACUUUCAUAAACCACCAUCAGUGGAGACCUCGGGACCUUCUUGGAAUAUCCAUCCUGCUGCUGCACUGCUCUUGUUGGGACAUUUCCCCUCGUAUCUGACAGCCCUUGUGCUGCAGCUGCAGCCCCUCAUUUCCAUGCUGUCCACUAUGACCAUGCAAGAACCUCUCAUUCCUCUGCUCUUCGUUGUCAUUUUUACCCAAAUGAAAAUUUCUGUGUCUCUUCUUGGGACUGUCCUCGGUUUUCUUCUUUCU